AUGACGGUGAUGAUUAUGAAGCUUCAGGACAUUAUUAUCAACAUUGGUUUUCAUCUCGCUGUUUCCUUGGCUGUUUUUGCAUUUGCAUCAUCAGCAGCUCAAUUUUCUCAUCAUCUUGAUGAACCAGAUAAUUUUCUCCGUUGCCUGAAUAACACCGAAAACACUCCAAAGCCCAGUUUGAUUGUUGUCCCUUUUAAGGAAUCACAAGUACAAACAGUGAUCAAAUGUAGUAACAAGAACAACUCAGGAUUACAGAUGAGAGUCCGAAGUGGUGGCCAUGACAUUGAAGGCAGUUCUUACACCUCAAAUGUCGCCCCAACACUUGAAGAGAAUGCAGUUCAGCUUGUUCAUAAAUCUCAGCAGAUUUCCACCACUAUGCCAUUAGACCUUUCCUUUUCGAUCCAAUUCAGCUCUGUUAUUUCAGAUCAAACCAAUAAUAAGAAACCAACUGUACAAGCUUCGUUCAUCUGUACAUUACGCGGUGAAGGAGGAGUCAAAGAGCUUUUGUCAAUAAUGGAUCGGGAUUUUCCUGAACUAAAUGUGACAAAAGAUGACAUUUUUGAAAUGUUAUGGAUUCAAUACCUGCCUUUUUACAGCAGCUACCCAAUCAAUGAUUAUGCACGAUUUUUGACGAGUAGAAUCCCUUCAUCCAAACCUUGUUUCACAGCUAAAUCUGAUUUUGUCAAGGACUCUGUUCCGGAAACAGGGGUUCAAGAAAUAAUGAACAAGCUUUUGGAAGCUCCGGGCGGAGCCGGUCAAUUGGAAUGGACAUUUCUGGGAGGAGGAAUCAUGGACAAAAUCCCUGAAUCAGAAAUUCCAUUCCCACACAGAGGAUAUCUGUUCCUUGCUUUUGAGAUGGUUCAUUGGGACAAAAAUAACAGCCCCGAAGAAAUCGAUGAUUUUGGACGAUAUGUUCCGAACAAUCCAAGACCUGCUUAUGCUGAUUAUCGUGAUCAUGAUUUAGGUAUCAACAGCCCAGAUGGUACAACCACGGUUGAAGAAGCUAGAUCGACUUGGGGUGGUCCUUAUUUUGGUGUUAAUUUUGGUAGGCUUGUUCAUGUCAAAUCUCGGGUUGAUCCUGAAAAUUUCUUCCGCAACGAACAAAGCUUCCCUGUACUCCAAUUACCUUAUUCAUCAUCCUUUUAA